AUGGCGGCUCCCCUGCCAUCCCCUACCGCCACCUGGCACACAGCUACCUACCCGGCCAUCUCCCCGCUCCGUCCGGAGCUCAGCCAGAAGGGGAGAACCGUCGUCAUCACGGGAGCCGGCACCGGCGUCGGCAGACAAGCAGCCCUGGCGUUCGCGCAGGCUGGCGCUGCCCGCCUGGUCCUCCUCGGGCGGACCGCGAGCACCUUGGAAGGAACCGCCUCGCUGAUCGCAGCGGCCCACCCCGCCGGCGGCCCCGCCGUCGAGAUCCACGUCGUGGACAUCACCGACGAGGCGGGUCUGGCGCGCGUCGCUGCCGCCGUGGGCGCCUGGGACGUCCUGCUCCUGAACGCCGUGUACGGCCCGCCAAACUCCACGAUUGCCUCCGCCAGCGUGGACAAGUGGUGGCAAAGCUUCGAGACCAACGUCAAGGGGCCCUUCCUGACCAUCCGGGCCUUCCUGCCGACCGCGAACCGCAGCGGCGACCGGCAGCCCGCCGUGAUCGGCCUGACCACGGGCAUGCUUGCGGUCCCGCUGGCCCUCGGCCCGCUCAUGUCGGGGUACACCGCGGCCAAGAUGGCCCAGCUCCGCGUGAUCGAGUACCUGGCCGCCGAGCAUCCCGACCUCUUCGUGGCCUCCGCCCACCCCGGCAUGUACGACACGCCGCUGCUCGCCAGCAUGCAACAGCCGCUGGACGGCGUGCCGCUGGAUGACAUCUCACUCGCCGGAGACUUCCUUGUCUGGAUGGCGAGCCCCGAGGCUGCCUUUCUCAGAGGCAAGCUGGCUUGGGCCAACUGGGACGUCGACGAGCUGAAGCAGCAGGCUGAGAGCAUCCAGGCGGGUCCGCGCUUCACGACUGGCAUCGUGGGCUGGCCUCAGUAA